GACAGAGGAAACGGAAAAGACGAAACAUAAGACAUUAAAAAAGGCCGGAGCCGAGGAAAGAACAGAGAGUCUUUUUAAAACCAACCCCCUUUUCUUGUCUCUUCUUCAAAGCAACUGGGACGUUUCAUUAUUUUCUGAUCCACGGUUUCUUUGCCCUUUCCCCCAGCUGUUGGCAGCUGGCAGGAAGAACCCGCCCUGCUUGAAAAACAAAACGAGAGCGGUCGGAAGAGAGCAAGAGAGAGAAAGAGACAGAGAGAGAGAGAGACUGAGAGAGAGGGAGAGAGAGAGAUGCCACCACAAGCAACUCCCCAGCCCGAGGUGAGGAAGAACAUUGUGGGCUUCCUGAAGAGUUUUCUGGGCAUCAUCCGGAUCCUCCAGAUCAUCUUCGGGGCCGGGCUGUGGGUCACCAUCGCCGCGAACAAAUACGAGGGCUCGAUCCACUUUGUCCUGUUCGUGGCUGUGCUCUUCUGGCUGCUGACCCUCGCCCUUUUCUUCCUCACUCUCCUGAACAAGCAGGACCUUGUUCCCAUCCUCGGCGGAGACCACUGGUUGCUGAGUAACCUGUUGCACGACGUUGCAGCCGCCGUGCUCUACUUGCCUGCGAUUGGAGUGAUGAUUCACAAGACUGAUAAAUACUCCUACUGCAACCUUUCCGAGUACAAGUACCCCUGCGUCUACAAGGUCUAUUUCACGGCCGCCGUGUUCGCGUGCCUGUGCGCCGUGGUGUACCUGCUUUCGGCUAUCUUUAACGGUUGCAGAAAGUGUCGCGGUGAAAAAACAGUUUUUUGAGGAUUUGUGACGUCGUAAAAGUAGCAGUGAGUGGGUUUGAAGGGUUCAUGGGGAGGGGGUCUUCUCUCGUGGUCCAAGCAAUAGUGGAGAGAUUGUUCUUUUGGUCAAGUCCACCCCUCAGGCCUUAUUGAGUUUUUGUAUUAUCGUAUAAUUGAAGGUAAAUCUUAUCUUGACUUCUUUUUUGCAAAUGAAAGUAUAUAUAUUUUUUACAUUAUGUUUUGUUUAUUUGUUUUUCUCCAUGAUUUUUUAUGAUAAGCGGUGCUCCGCAACUCAAGUGCAGUUGAAAACCUUUUAAACAGCUUUAACAGUAUUUUCACUCCUGGUGAAAAUGUGCCUUUCUGUCAAGGGGCAGCCUGCUUAACCACAGCAACAACUUUCAGACAACAAGCAAAUGUACGAGUGUUAUUGGUGGUGCUUCUAUUGCAAUACAUUUGAUGUAUGAGUGUAAUAGCUCCAAAUCCAUGUCUACAAAUAAAUAAGUCAGUGUGGA